AGCAGCUCCUCAAACACAUGAAUGUUAUGUUUCAUGUCCUUUAUUUAAGAGUUAAAGUUAAAGAGACUGACCCAGUAGAUAAAGUGAUCAUCUCUAAACGCUGCUGGUUGUGAAACUGGACCGACUGGAUGCAGAUAACAUCGUGCACGAUAAACAAGGGACAUGUUUGCCACUAACAUCCCUGUGGAGGGAACGAUCCUGACAUAACCGGUGUCACGGUGGCGGCAGAUGACCAGUUAACUUGUCCCUGACUCAUCAGAGUUCAGCCGAGCACGGUCACUGCCAAACGGGCCCAAACAAAGAGCCAGUGAUGAAGUGGCAGACCAUACCCCCCCCCUUUUACCAUUGUCCCCCCGUAAUGAAGCGGCAGCGCGGGUAUGCGAGCUCCUCCGUGUCUGGAUGGUCACAGGAUCUACAGACGGUGCGUUGUAAACACCGGGUUACACAGCCGCCACUGUUUCCACCGACUCCCAGUCUGCUCGUGGACGCUCGUGUUCACCUGCCGCGUGAAGGUCCCGGGUGGUUUGUGUGCAGCUGAAACACACGAGGAAGAAGAGAAGUUGUUGUCACACCUGUCGACCCGUUUCGUCACCGGCUUUGUGUUGUGUGGUUUUCUACUGGGUUUUAAAACGUCUUAAAAUACAGUCUGAGAUGCAGACUAUAAAGUGCGUGGUGGUGGGUGACGGUGCGGUGGGGAAGACCUGCCUGCUCAUCUCCUACACCACCAACAAGUUCCCCUCUGAAUACGUCCCCACGGUGUUUGAUAACUAUGCAGUGACGGUGAUGAUCGGGGGGGAGCCCUACACUCUGGGACUGUUUGACACUGCAGGUCAGGAGGAUUAUGACAGGCUGCGGCCCCUCAGCUACCCUCAGACCGACGUCUUCCUCGUGUGUUUCUCCGUCGUGUCGCCUUCCUCCUUCGAGAACGUCCGAGAGAAGUGGGUCCCGGAGAUCUCCCACCACUGCCCGCGGACGCCGUUCCUGCUGGUCGGGACGCAGGUGGACCUGAGGGACGACAGCAACACUCUGGAGAAACUGGCCAAGAACAAACAGCGAGCGCUGAGCUGCGAGAGCGGAGAGAAGCUGGCUCGGGAGCUGAAGGCCGUCAAAUACGUGGAGUGUUCGGCUCUCACGCAGCGGGGACUGAAGAACGUUUUCGACGAGGCCAUCCUCGCCGCUCUGGAGCCUCCGGACAACAAACCCAAGAAGCGCUGCGUCCUGCUAUAGAUGUCACGAGAGGAAGCGGAGGUGGACGGGGAAAAGAGAUAAAACCCAGACGGGAGCGAGGGUGGGUGGGGGGAGCAGUGCCUUCAGCCGUAGUGACUUAAUGUGGGUGUGGUGUUGUUACGGACACAAGCUUUGUUUUCAUCAUAGAUACACGUCACCAUAACACGACUAACACAUUGGAACAACACUCCAGGGAAUGAGGUUUGGUUCAGAGGAGGAGGCAGAUUCCAGAACAGUGGGCGGAGCCACGGUCACAGCUGACACUCGAAAGAACAUUAAAAUAAAAACAAGUCUUUUAAAAGAAUCGUCUAAAGUGUCUGAAGUAGAAUUUAGGGCUAAAAACACAUAAACAGGUGAAGGUCGACCAUCUAUGUUACAUCUAGUGAAACAAAUCUGUUGUAAUAAUUAAUCUGCUGUUGAAGAUGCAAGUUAAACAAAAGCAAAAUGUAGUAUUUUCUUUUUAUUUCUGGUAUUUCCACGUAGCUGCAACAGAGGAAACAGUCCAGAGAUGUAAUAAACUGAUCAUCUCUGAUAAAAACAAAGAUUAAACAAAGUUAAGAAGUUAAUCAAAUUAAGAAUUCAGACAAAUGGACAAGCUGCUGUUGUUUAAUUUAUCAGAGUUCAUCCAAACUCAAAGUGUAUAUUUGCAGCGAGGUGAAGGUUGAAGCUGCAGAAUCGACAUCGUUACUCGUUCAGUUCUGUUUCCUGCGACAACACGAGAACCGCGGAGCUCUCGCUAACAUCUGGAGACGCAGGGUUUUCAGCUGAGACGUUUGCUCAUCACGACAUGUUGUCGUCCCCGUGGCCUUUUCCCUGCUGACGUCUCACUGUGGACAACAAACACUCGACAGUUUAGAUAUAAUUGAAAACUCCCUCCUCAGGCCGAUGGCGAUAUAAUGGAGGAAAACCUUUCUGAUGUCGGCCAGUAUAUAUAUUAACAUAUUUUUUUAAAUGGUCAGUGAUCGCUGAAAAGGUUUUUUAAAUCCUUAUGACAGGGACAUGUGAUUGAGGUUUGUUAUUUUAUAGUUUAACUUUAUUAUCAAUAACUAAAAAUAAAAAUAAAAACACAGGCAACCACUUAUAAAGAAGUUGAACACCUGUAAACUCCAUCAACAUACUUACUUCCUGACCUGCAGCUGCAGGUUCUUUUAAAUCUGUCCUGGGUGCAUCUUGUUUUAGUAGAUUUGACUUCUCCCUCACACGACCUCCUCGUUCACUCCUCGCUCCUCCUGACUGGAACAUCAAGUGCUCGUUGGUGUAUUAGCGCCUCCUGGAGGCUGCACAGGGGAGUACCGCUCAGUUCAAAGGUUGUUUUGUGGCCAGAAGCGAAUAAUCAGUGUUUGUUAACGUGAACAGAUCUCGGAUGUUAUGUGGCUCUUUCACACUUUAUCACACACAUCAGGUGUGAACGGUUCCUCGGUCCAGACCAACCAGCAACAUCUAGUCAGACCAGAGGGGGUUCUGGUUCUGGGUCUGGUUCUGGAUCGAACUGAACCAUGGUUCCGUUCUUUUGUUCCAUUACUGAUUAUCUAAUGUGACGGUGACACAACAAUUAAAAUCCUUAAACUGAGCCUAUUCCCCAUUAACAUGAACUAAAAUUCCACUUUGCUUAUAUAUGUAUUUCCAUUGUUUUGGAGAUGACGGUUUAUAACGUAUGGAUGAUUACAAGUAUUAUUUUAUUUCCUUUGCUUCUUACUGUUUCUUGGGGAACAUUAUUUUACCAGGUUUCUUUUGGACACUUUAGUUUUUUAUUAUUUAGAUAUUUGAACCUUUACUUGACGGUUGAGUGCCAACAGCUUGAGUGAGAUUCACUGGUUUGUCAAACUGAACAAUAACAAGCUUCUAACUUCAGAAAUACAAUAAAAAAAAUCACAAUAACAGCUGAAGCAAUAACUACAGAUGUGGAAACCUCUGUAUUGAAAGAUGAAUGUUGGAACUAGUGGGUGUUUGGAAAUAAUAAAAACUCUACUUGAAA